GCACGCCGUUCUAGGAAUGGUCCGAUGUAGCAACACCGAAAGAUUCAUUCAUUAGGUAUAAGUCUUGUUCUGUUCAGCUGUUCGAUUCCGAAGCAAUCCGUCUUACCAUCUAAGCCAGCUUUGCUGUGAGAUAGUUCAUCCUGUCUUAAUUCUGUAAAAUCCAAGAUGCCAAGACGAAAGCAACAGAAGAAACCAGCGAUUGGUGAAGAUACCAGAAUCGCAGUGAAUUUAACGAUCAGAAAGCUUCUGGCUGCGCCGGAACAAAAAGAAUUAGAGUUUCCGUCUUCUUAUACGGCCGAGGAAAGAGCUUAUAUCCAUGAUCUUGCCAGGGAACAUGGACUGAAAUCAAAAAGUCGCGGGAAAGGAACCAACAGGUUUUUAACUGUUUACAAACGAGAAGGAUCUACUAUUGUUCAAGCAGAUGCAAUAAUAAAGCUACAAAAGUCCUCGAGACAAGGGAUUUAUAAUUUAAUACAGAAAUUUCCACUGAGCAACAAGGAGAGACAAGAUUUACUCCCGCCCACAGAGAGGGAACGCAUCAUUAACACAGAAGUCAACACGAAUACGAAAGCAAUGGGCCGUCUGAAUAGUGGAAUACCGCAGGUACCUCAGCUUAAAACAAAUAUGGAUGUUUUACCAUUUCGCGAAUGUCUACCAGUCUAUAAUAUGAGAGAGGAGAUAAUGCAGGUUCUGCCGUCGAGCCAAGUAAUUAUAAUAGCAGGAGAAACGGGAAGUGGAAAAACAACGCAAGUUCCUCAGUUCAUUCUAGACUACUGUCAGCAAAGGAAUCAGACAUGCAGGAUAAUAUGCACUCAGCCUAGAAGACUGUCCGCGGUUUCAGUCGCAGAGAGAGUAGCCUUUGAAAGAGAUGAAAAAAUUGGGCAAACAUUUGGGUAUCAAAUAAGGCUGGAAAGCAGAGUAUCGCCUAAAACGUUGCUCACUUAUUGCACCAAUGGCGUUCUGCUCAGAACAUUAAUGGGCGGUGAUUCGGCAUUGGCUACAAUAACGCAUAUAAUUGUAGAUGAGAUUCACGAGCGAGACAGGUUUUGUGAUUUUCUUUUAAUCGCGCUAAAGGAUGCCCUAGUCAAGUUUAGAUCUCUGAAAGUCAUCCUAAUGAGUGCUACAAUGGAUACAAGCAUAUUUCUGAAGUACUUCAACCACUGCUCAGUAAUCAACGUCCCUGGCAGACUCUUUGAUGUCGAGGUAUUGUAUCUCGAGGAUAUUCUCAAACUGACCAACUACAUGACUAAGGAUAUGUCAGCUAAGAAGGAAAAAAUGGUCAACAAAAAGGACCAGAAGAAAGUUUUAGAGUCUUGGACCCAAUAUAAGCCUGUAAACUCGACCAUCAAUUACGUAUCUGAAAGAAAUUUAAUACCGGCACCAAUUCUGGGCCAGCAAAACCAACCCAUACCAGAAAAAGUUGAGCUUGAACCAAGGCUGGUAGAUAAAAUGGAUCGCUCGAUAUCAGAAGCAUGGCUGUGUGGUGGUGAAGACAACUUCACACAGUUACUGUAUUUCAUACAGUCGGAAAAUGUUUCUGUCGAUUACCAGCACUCAAAGACGUCCGUAACGCCGUUGAUGGUCGCUGCAGGAAGAGGGUGCAUUGACACGACAGAGCGUCUUUUAAAUCUUGGAGCAAAUCUCAAUAUACGCUCGGUAAAUGAAUGGACGGCUUUGGACUGGGCAAGAAAAAUGAACCAGGUCGAAUGUGCGGAGCUUAUAGAGGCCUAUAUGAAGACGUACGACUGUGCAACGGCGUACGAAGAUAUUUCUCACGAUAAGAACAUCCCUAUUUCGGAAGAAGACAAAAUGCUCCUCGACGUUUACCAUCACACAUUCAAUGACGAGAAUGUCGAUUACGAUUUGAUGUUUUCUCUGAUUCUUCACAUACACAUGAACAUGCCGUACGGAUCGAUUCUUGUUUUUUUGCCUGGGUACGACGAUAUAGUGACUAUGAGAGAUAGAAUAAACGCCGAGGAGAAGAGGAUGACUGAAAGAUUCCGCUACAAUUUGUUUGUCCUGCACUCCAACAUGCAGACUUGCGACCAGAAGCGAGUUUUCAGACCUAGUCCUCAGGGAACCCGGAAGAUAAUACUGUCUACCAACAUAGCAGAGACUAGCAUAACAAUCGAUGAUGUUGUGUAUGUCAUUGACUCCGGAAAAGUGAAGGAGAAGUCUUUUGAUGCGAUGUCUGGAGUUUGCACGCUCAGAUCUAACUGGAUAUCGCAGGCAUGUGCCAAGCAACGUAAAGGACGGGCUGGCAGAUGUCAGAAUGGGAUUUGCUUCCGUCUAUUCUCUUCGGUCAGAUUCAAUUCCAUGCAGCCUUACCAAACCCCAGAAAUACUCAGGUUACCGCUACAGGAAUUGUGUCUCUACACCAAACACUUGGCUCCUGGGAAUACUCCAAUAGCUGAAUUCUUAGACAGAGCAUUGGAACCGCCAUCUAACGCUGUGACCCGCAAUGCUGUUCAGCUCCUGAAGACCAUAGAUGCUCUAGAUCCGUGGGAAGAUCUGACAGAGCUUGGAAGCCACCUCUUAGAUCUACCUGUCGAACCUCGACUUGGCAAAAUGCUUUUAUACGCAGUUGUGCUAAAAUGCCUUGAUCCAAUUCUCACCAUUGUUUGCAGUCUUGCUUACAAGGAUCCGUUUCUCCUGCCUUCGCAACCAUCGCAAAAGCGCGCAGCCACUCUGUCGCGUAAGGAUUUUUCAGCCGGUACAUACUCAGACCACAUGGCUGUUCUGCGAGCUUUUCAAAGUUGGCAAACAGCCAGAGCAAGUGGGAGGGAGCGGCUCUUUUGUGAAAAGAAUUUUAUCUCUGCUGCGACAAUGGAAAUGGUCGUUGGAAUGCGCACUCAGCUUCUUGGACAACUCAGAGCCUCUGGAUUUGUGAGAGCAAGAGGCUCUGGUGAUAUCCGCGACCUCAACUCGAACUCUGAGAAUUGGGCCGUGGUGAAAGCAGCACUUACAGCUGGACUAUACCCUAAUCUGAUCAGGGUAGAUAGAGAACAUUCUCAGCUUCGAACGCAAAAAGAAGUCAAAGUAGUCUUUCAUCCUUCCUCCACACUUCGAGAUAACCCAAAAUCACCUCGUACUACAUCCGCACAGACCCAUUCUGCUAAUGUUAAUGCUUUACCAUGCGAUUGGUUACUAUACGAAGAAAUGAGCCGCUCCGGACGUUUCUGUCACGUCAAAACAGUUACCCUUGUGAAUCCUAUCACAGUUGCAUUAUUUAGUGGACCAGCACGGUUACCAAUGGACGUAAUUUACGAAGCCGAAACUGUUCCAGAAAGUGAGUCGGACUCCGAGGCAGAUGAGGCACAAGAGGGAACAACAAUUUUGAAAUUGGAUGACUGGGUAGUUUUUAAAUUGGACCCAGAAGCAGCUCAACUUAUUUUACACCUGCGACAGAAGUGGAACGCUCUGUUCCUCAGACGAAUGAAAACUCCAAGUAAGCCUAUGUCGCAGCUCGAUGAACAAGUAGUCAGAACUCUAGUUGCUGUAGUUACUAAUGAAGAACAAGCCUGUGGUCUUCAUCAACCAUCUGGAAUUGGGCAAAGACCACGUCCCUUGAUAGUUGACUAUUAUCCAGCCAGCGCUAGGCGGGCGGAUGAUUACGAAGAGAGAAAUUUCUAGAAUUUUGGCGACAAAGACUUCAGGAGAUGGAGAAACUUUCCAUUCCAGUUUCCUUUGCUCCAUAGACUGAUUGCUGUGUCUCUAAACUUUCUCACUUGGAAAUUUUAUUCUUCUACUCAUUCCACCAAGCAAUACUCUAUCAUAAAAUCAAACUAUGCAUGUGAGAAAUGUUGAGAAAUUGGACCUCUUGAUAAUAAUUGGAAAACGAAACCUCAGGAUGAACAAGGAAAAACUUCACA